AUGGGCGACAAAUUCGAAUUAUUGAGGAAGACGCCUAUCAAAAGCAGCACCCCGCGCAAGCUGAAGAUACGUGUCAUCUUCUUGGACGGUAGCGAAUGCUUUUUCGAGGUUGAGCAUAGGAUUUUGGGUGCUGACUUUUUCAACAAAGUGUGCGGCCACCUGAAGCUGCUGGAGAAGGAAUACUUUGGGCUGGAGUUCCGUCAUCACACCGGCACCUAUGUAUGGCUGGAGCUGCUCAAGCCAUUAUCAAAACAGAUCAAAAGUAAUGAUCUGGCCUUUCGCUUCAUAGUGAAGUUCUUCCCCCCAGACCCAGGACAGCUGCAGAGAGGAUUGACGAGGUAUUUGUUUGCGCUGCAGGUGAAACAGGACCUGUCUAAUGGAAGCCUUACCUGCAAUGAUAACAGCGCUGCCCUGAUGGUCUCCCAUAUAUUACAGUCAGAGUUAGGGGACUAUGAUGAUGAGCUGGAUGCUCAUCACUUGGAGAAUAAGAAGUACGUUCCAAAUCAGGAGUACCUUGACCACAAGAUCAUGCGCCUCCACAAGAAGCAGAAAGGCCACACCCCGGCCCAGUCGGACGUGCACCUGCUGGAGGUGGCGCGCAAGCUGGACAUGUACGGCAUCCGGCCUCACCCUGCCCACGACGGAGAGGGUAUGAGGAUCAACCUGGCCGUCACACACCUGGGCGUGCUGGUGUUCCAGGGCAACACGAAGAUAAACACCUUCAGCUGGGCAAAGAUCCGUAAGCUGAGCUUCAAGAGGAAACACUUCCUGAUCAAGCUGCACGCCAAAGUGGUGCCCUCUCGAAAAGACACGGUGGAGUUAGCCAUGGCCAGCCGGGAUGUGUGCAAGGCUUUCUGGAAGACGUGUGUGGAGUACCAUGCCUUCUUCCGAUUGACCGAGGAGCCCCAGUCACACAGGAAGUCCCUCCUCUCCAGCAAAGGCUCCAGCUUCAGAUUCAGUGGCCGAACUCAGAAACAGCUGCUUGAAUGUGUUGAGGGCGGAGGCACACGACACAUGUCCUCCGAGAGACAAUACUCCAGAUCUGACUACAGCUCUCGGCAGUGUAGAUCCUCUCCUGAUAUCCUCACGGCCGUCUCCAAACAGCUCUAUGAGGAGGCCCACCCUGUUCUGGGCCACAUGCACCCUGACGAGGCCUCCAAACGCAGCCACUCGGCUGACCUGGUGGACCGCUCGUCCCCGUACCACUCCCACAACCCCUCUGCGGGGGCCGAGCACUACCCGUUCUCCCCGAAGUCCCGCUACACCUCCCGGUCUGCGCCAGAGCGCCAGGAGCGCCAGGAGCGGCGCGGUCGAGGGCCGCAGCGGCACCGCGCGGGCCACGGCCCCCAGCGACCCCGCCGGCGCCACUCCCCCAGCAGCCAGCAGCACCUGGUCCUCCUCUAUCCCACCAGCCCCCACCUGCAGUUCCAUCCGGUGCUGCCCACCUUCCCGCUGGCCACCGCUGCUCACGGCACGUACCUCGCCCCGGCCCACGGCUCAUCCUCCUCGCUGGACCACCUCCGACCUAUCCGGCACGGGCCGAUGGAGUACAUGCCGCAGCCGCUGAGCUGCUACCCAACAUCCUCUCCGUCCUUCUCCGCCCAGCGCGUCCAGCAGAGGCUCCAGGCGUCGAGGCUCGGGGUAGGGGCGGCGGCGGCGGCAGCGGCACGCUCCAGGCUGCGCUCGGAGACGGGUCGGCCGGGGCUCAGCAGGCGGCUGGACCUGGGGAGGAUGGAGGUGGGCCACUACAGUGACGACUCCACCUUCCACACGGGUCUGCCCCGCCGCGCCUCCAGCCAGCCCGAUGUGGACUACCUCCACCCGCUGGAGGCAUCGGCCUCAGCCGCCGCCCACGCCUCCGAGUACCGCCCCCUGGGCUACUACCCCCACCUAUCGCGGCAGCAUCUGCCCGUCCGCCCCACCUAUCUGCCCCUCAGCUCCUCCCCGUUGCCCGAGCGACCGAGCUCCCUCUGCGUGCUCGGCACCGGCAGCUACAGCGACUCUGACUCCGACCCGUUCUGUCCCUACUACUACCCCGCGGUGGGAAAGAUGGUGCGUUCUGCUCCGCUGGCACGCAUGCGAUUUUCCUCUGGGAGCCUCCAACUGGACGAGGAAGAGGAGGAGGAA